CUUGGUCACUGAAAUGGAUGAAGUACUUCAAAUUUAAAUGAUUGAUCAAACUUGGCAAGAGCUGCUAUGUGUGAUACAAAAGGGAGGUGAAAACUAAUGGAUGAAAGUUUUGCCAUGCACUGAAAGGAAAGCAUUGUCUGUGAAGUUCUAUUUUUAAAAAUGUCUGCUUGUAACACCUUUACUGAACACGUGUGGAAACCUGGUGAAUGCAAGAACUGCUUUAAACCUAAAAGCUUGCACCAGCUCCCGCCAGACCCUGAGAAGGCACCCGUCACCCAUGGCAAUGUGAAAACGAAUGCCAAUCACAGCAACAACCACCGUGUCAGGAACACAGGAAAUUUCCGGCCUCCUGUGGCUAAAAAACCCACUAUAGCUGUGAAGCCCACUAUGAUGGUGGCAGAUGGGCAAAGUGUAUGUGGUGAGCUUAGUAUCCAAGAACAUAGUGACAACAAACCUGUCAUCAUGGGGUGGAACCGAAACAGAACGGCCUUGAAUCAGAAACCACUUAAUAAUAACAAUGAAGAUGACCUUGAAGGAUUUAGCCAUGUUCCUAAGCCUUGUGGCAAUAAUGAUAGUGCAAAGAAGGUAUCAAAUAACAAUAAUGGACUAACUGAGGUAUUAAAGGAAAUAGCAGGCUUGAAUACGACCCCUCAGAUAGGAGGAAAUGAAACAAGCUCCAGAGAAACAUUCUUAGGAAGGAUAAAUGAUUGCUAUAAAAGAUCACUGGAAAGAAAGCUUCCACCAAGUUGCAUGAUGGGCGGGAUAAAGGAAACUCAGGGAAAGCACGUAAUUCUGAGUGGGAGCACAGAAGUCAUCAGUAAUGAAGGGGGCCGGUUCUGUUACCCAGAGUUUUCCAGUGGCGAGGAGAGUGAAGAUGAUGUGCUUUUCAGUAACAUGGAGGAGGAGCAUGAGAGCUGGGAUGAGAGUGAUGAAGAGCUCUUGGCCAUGGAGAUUCGCAUGAGAGGGCAACCUCGCUUUGCUAACUUAAGGGCAAAUACUUUGUCUCCUGUUCGAUUCUUUGUGGACAAAAAGUGGAAUACUGUUCCCCUACGAAAUAAAUCUCUACAGAGAAUUUGUGCUGUGGACUAUGAUGACAGUUAUGAUGAAAUCCUGAAUGGUUACGAAGAGAAUUCUGUGGUUCCCUACGGGGCAGGGAGCAUUCAGAGCAUGUUGUCAUCUGACUCCACAUCCCCAGAUUCUUCUUUAACAGAAGAGUCACGUUCUGAGACAGCCAGUAGUUUAUCCCAGAAGAUUUGCAAUGGGGGAAUAUCUCCUGGUAACCCAGGAGAGCCUAAGGACAUGAAGGAAAGUGAGCCCAAUUAUGAAAGUCUCUCUGCUAAUAAUCAGGAAAAAGACUCAUCACAAGGACCCAAAAGCUCAGUAAAAGUUCCAGAGACACACAAAGCAGUCCUUGCCCUCCGAUUAGAAGAGAAGGAUGGCAAGAUUGCCGUGCAAACUGAGAAGCAAGAAAGUAAAGCCUCUACGGAUAUAGCAGGGCAAGCAGUCACCAUAAACCUCGUCCCUGUAGAAGAGCAGGCAAAGCCCUACCGAGUUGUGAAUCUGGAGCAGCCACUGUGCAAGCCAUAUACUGUGGUGGAUGUGUCAGCAGCCAUGACCGGUGAGCACCUCGAGGGCCCUGUUAAGAGCCCCAGGAUAAAAGGCUCAUCUUCAACUCCAAAUUCUCCAGUUACAUCACCUGUGUUGGCAUCGGGACAAAUAAGUGCUCAUUUCCAAAAAUCCAGUGCAAUCCGAUAUCAGGAAGUCUGGACUUCCAGUACCAGUCCACGACAAAAGAUACCUAAGGUGGAAUUAAUUAGCAGUGGAACUGGACCAAAUGUCCCUCCAAGGAAAACCUGUCACAAAUCGGCACCUACUUCACCCACAGCUACAAACAUUUCCUCCAAAACCAUCCCUGUUAAGUCACCUAAUUUGUCUGAAAUAAAAUUUAAUAGUUAUAACAAUGCUGGCAUGCCACCUUUUCCCAUUAUCAUUCACGAUGAGCCUUCUUAUGCUCGGAGUUCAAAAAAUGCUAUCAAAGUUCCCAUUGUAAUUAAUCCAAAUGCAUACGACAAUCUAGCCAUUUACAAAAGUUUUCUCGGAACAAGUGGAGAACUCUCAGUAAAGGAAAAAACUACAAGUGUAAUAAGCCAUACUUAUGAAGAAAUAGAAACUGGAAGCAAAGUGUCUGAUAACACCACUUGCAAGCCCACUGAAUGUCCCCAAGCUAAAGGGUUUUCAAAUAGCACAGAGCGUAAGAGGGGCUCGGUGGCUCAGAAGGUUCAAGAGUUUAACAGCUGUCUUAACAGAAGUCAGUCUUCACCACAGAGAAGCUAUAGCUCCAGCCACAGCUCCCCGGUAAAGAUCCAGAGAAGCACUCAAGAAUCCAUGGCCAAACCGGAAGGUGCUCAGGAGUGUCCGACGGUGGGCAGCGGUGGCAGCGCCAGGGAGAAAGCAAGCACAGUGCUUUCUCAGAUUGUGGCUUCUAUCCAACCCCCCAAAACUCCCCCAGAAAUGCCUCCGGCUGGCCCUAAGGCUUGUAGUGUGGAAGAGCUUUACGCAGUUCCUCCAGAUGCAGACGCUGGGAAGACGACACCUAAGAGUACCCCAGUCCGGCCCAAAUCUCUCUUUAUCUCUCAGCCCAGUGGUGAGGCCGAGGCACCUCAGCCCACAGAAAAUCCUCCCACCAAAGUACAGAAAGAUCCACUCACCAAGCCAGUGGCCACCCUCGCCUCCAAAUCAGUGACUAGCCCACAGGGUGAACCCCCACCUCCCUUUCCCCCACCGCGCUCGACUUCCUCCCCUUACCAUGCCAGUAACCUUUUGCAGAGACAUUUCAACAAUUGGACCAAGCCCACCAGCCCCACCAGGGCAACGGAAGCGGAAUCAGUUUUGCCUUCUGACAGUAGCAGGCGCGCAGUUGAUGCAAAACCUAAACGCUGGAUAUCAUUUAAAAGCUUCUUUCGCCGUCGGAAGACAGAUGAGGAGGAUGACAAAGAGAAGGACCGGGAGAAGGGGAAACUGGUGGGCCUGGACGGCACAGUCAUCCACAUGCUGCCUCCUCCUCCGGUUCAGCGCCAUCACUGGUUUACAGAGACGAAAGGAGAGUCCAGCGAGAAGCCCGCCAUCGUCUUCAUGUACCGGUGUGAGCCCUCCCAAGGCCACCUCGCUGUGGAGCAGAGCAAGGCCAGGCCAGACCCGUCAGCGGUUACAGACAAGGGUGGACCGGAGGACUCAGAGAAAAAGAAAAGGGCUCAUUCUUCUCCAGCACAGAUGCCUAAAAAAAUUCUCAGUCACGUGACCAAUGAAUUGACAGAGGAUUUUUCUCCUCGGGAUCCAAGAACUGUUGUCACAAAACAAGAUGCUGGGGGCUGCACUUCAAUCACACCACCAGUGUCCCUACCUGAACUGGAAAGGGAAGAGGAAAAAGAAGACAUUUCAGAUCCCACAGACCUGAAUUCCUGCAGUGCAACAUAUAGCAAUUUAGGGCAAUCUAGAGCAGCCAUGAUACCUCCCAAGCAUCCACGGCAGCCUAAGGGAGCUUCGGAUGAUGCCUUUGCUGGAAAAACAGACCAAGAAAUGCCUACUGCUUCCCAACCUACGCCACCCCCACUGCCAAAGAAAAUGAUCAUAAGAGCCAACACAGAGCCAAUCUCCAAAGAUGUCCAAAAAUCUCUGGAAACUAGUCUUUGUGUCUUGGCUAACCCUACCUAUGAUAUCGACCCCAACUGGGAUGCCAGCAGUGCUGGCUCUUCUAUGAGUUAUGAACUCAAGGGAUUGGACAUUGAGUCUUGUGACUCGUUGGAGAGACCUUUGCACAAGGAGAGACCUGUACCCUCAACAGCAAACAGUUUCUCCAGCUUAACCACUGUCAGUAUUAAGGAUAGAUUUUCCAACAGUAUGGAGUCCCUGUCCAGUCGGCGUGGUCCCUCUUACAGACAGGGCCGAAGCAUCCAGAAGCCACAGAGACAAGCACUUUAUCGAGGACUUGAGAAUCGGGAAGAAGUGGUGGGUAAAAUCCGAUGUCUUCAUACAGAUGCUUUGAAGAAACUGGCUGUUAAAUGUGAAGACCUCUUCAUGGCUGGGCAGAAAGACCAGCUCCGUUUUGGAGUGGACAGCUGGUCAGACUUCAGGCUCACCAGUGACAAGCCAUGUUGUGAGGCAGGUGAUGCAGUUUACUACACAGCUUCGUAUGCAAAAGAUCCACUUAAUAACUAUGCAGUCAAGAUCUGUAAGAGCAAAGCUAAAGAAUCGCAGCAGUAUUACCACAGCUUGGCUGUCCGGCAGAGUCUGGCUGUCCAUUUCAACAUCCAGCAGGACUGUGGUCAUUUCCUUGCUGAAGUACCUAACCGCCUGCUCCCCUGGGAGGAUCCUGAUGCCCCUGAAGAGGAAGAGGAUGAAAUGGAAGCAGCUGAAAAAGAGGGGAAAGGAGAAACUGAUGGGAAAAGCCCGGAGCCCCGCUCUGAAACAGAGCCAUCGCGGAAAGCCAGCCAGGGCGUCCUGAGCAGGAAGCAGAGAAGCCACGUCGUGGUCAUCACCAGAGAGGUGCCCUGCCUCACCGUGGCUGACUUUGUGCGAGACUCGCUAGCCCAGCAUGGGAAAAGCCCAGAUUUGUACGAGAGGCAAGUAUGUCUGCUGCUCCUCCAGCUGUGCUCUGGCCUCGAGCACCUCAAACCCUACCACGUCACUCACUGUGACCUGCGCCUGGAGAACCUGCUGCUGGUCCACUACCAGCCUGGGGGCACUGCCCAGGGCCUUGGGCCUACCGAGCCCAGUCCCGCCUCAUCUUGCCCCACAAGGCUCAUCGUAAGCAACUUCUCUCAGGCCAAGCAGAAGAGCCAUCUGGUAGACCCCGAGAUCCUCCGGGACCAGUCCCGCCUCGCCCCAGAGAUCAUAACCGCCACCCAGUAUAAAAAGUGCGACGAGUUCCAGACCGGCAUCCUCAUCUACGAGAUGCUACACCUGCCCAACCCCUUCGACGAGAACCCAGAGCUGAAGGAGAAGGAGUACACGCGGGCAGACCUGCCGCGCAUCCCCUCCCGCUCGCCCUACUCCCGGGGCCUGCAGCAGCUGGCCAGCUGCCUCCUGAAUCCCAACCCUUCCGAGCGGAUCCUCAUUUCAGAUGCCAGAGGCAUCCUCCAGUGUCUGCUCUGGGGCCCCCGGGAAGAUCUCUUCCAGACGGUCACUGCCUCCCCCAGCCCGAUCCAGAGGAGCACCCUGCUCCAGAACUGGCUGGACAUCAAGCGAACCCUGCUAAUGAUCAAAUUUGCGGAGAAGUCCCUGGACAGGGAGGCAGGGGUUGGCCUUGAGGACUGGCUUUGUGCUCAGUAUUUGGCUUUUGCCACCCCGGACUCCCUCAGCUGCAUCGUGAAAAUCCUGCAACACCGUUAACGUGCCCGGUGCUGCUCUCACUUCACUGACCAUCUUCAAGCCACCCACGCACUUCCCCUCCCUAUGCGCGGAGUUCAAGGAGAGAAGAGACACGAACCUCCACCACUGACCAUGAACAAACCCAUCUCCUCAGAAAGGUUCGCCACAGCUCUCGUUUGAGACGCUGAGUCUGUCUGAACUUUACAGAAAUUCAACCGCACCAACGUGCAGUUACCUUCCCUUGGAACCCCCUGCACCCUAACUAUCCCACAGAGGCAGGUCAACAAGGAAAAGGCACAUCUUUGAAAGGACUGCUCCUUUGACGUGAACUCAGCUUGUCCAGUUCCUCCAUAUCCGAAUAUCUCCUGUCAUUUUAAUACCAAGUAUUUAUUCCAGCUAGCAAUAGACAGAUUUAACCAAUUCUUACCGUUGUAUCCUGUAAGUUCUCACAGCAGACUGUCUUCCUCUCAAGUAUCAUAACUGACUCUUCCAGGCAGAACUGCCCCCCUUAGCCUCAGCCCCAUCUUGAUUCUGUGUUCCAGCAGACCGCACAAAGAUCAGGAGAGACCCCAGCUUCUGGGGCACGGACCAGUCCUCGCGUUCCCUUUUCUGUCGUCGAUAACCGUGUGCACUGCAUGGAGGAUGGCCCUGACAGCAGCCCUCUGCUGCCACUGCCUGGGUCUCCCUCACCUCUGCUCUUUCCCCACUUGCCGGUGGCGUUUGGGUUUAGCAGCACUGUGGCCCAUGACAGAGGUGACCCAAGGUCAUGUCACCAGCACUCAGCAGGGUGGAGGCGUUCAGAUCUUACAGGUGGCUGAGAGGAGACAAGGGGGUGAUUUCCCCGCAUGUGCAGUUUUCCAGGGGCCAUUAGAGUUUAAAUUCGUUCUUUGAUUCCUGUCAGAGCUGUCAGCCUCGGCAGCCAGAGCUGGCGACACCCAGAUCACUGAUCCCCUGCCCGGGAGUGACUGGCCAGCUCCCUGCCUCAGUGGUCAGUGCUAACUAGUCUACCAGGCACUGUGGCAGCAGGCCCGGGUGACACAGCUGUCAUCUGAGCGCUAAGAUGCCCCGCAAAGGCUGGUGGGUGGCCCGAGAGAGGGCGCGAGGGAGGCUGCUGAGGAGACGUCACGCUCCUCCCCAGCUGCCCAUCUUUCCUGCAGAGGCUGCUCCCGGGGGCUCCCAAGUGGCUCUGGAGGACACCUCCCAGGGCAUAGGAUGGCCGAGGGGGGCACUCAGAGCCGCUCACCGUGCAUGGGGCCUGUGCUCCUCCCCCAUGGAUAUAUGUGCAAUUUUUUUGUAUGUAUUUUUUUUUAGCUGUAUAUUACAGUGUUUAUAUUGCAACUUCACCGGAAGCAAGAGCUGCAGAAACCUGCCCCCUCCCUUGGCACAUAUCUGCGCUGAGACGAGUGUUCCUUCUACCAGAGUGUGUGUAUGUGUGUGUGUGUGUGUGUGCACGCUUGUUUUAUUCAAAACUGUGAGUAUCUGUUUACUUCAGCCUUGAAAUGCCAAGAGUCACUCAGACGGUGCGAGUGCGCGCACGUGUGCUGCGCGGAGGCCGGGCCGCGGGGCGCCGCCUGCGGCAGAGCUGUUGGGUGUGUUCUCGCCUCGUCGGGGAGGGAGCCCCGGGCCCCUCAUCACCACCGCCGUUUCUUCAAGUCAAAACUGAUUGUGCAGUAUUAACUUAGCACAUUAGUGGCCUUUUGGAAAUUUCUAAACUUUUAACAUUUUUAACAACUUUUCAUGUGAUUCACAUAUGUUGAAGAGGAUUAAGAAAGGAGAAGAAUGUAUUUUAUUGUGCUUUUAUUCCUUUUUCUAAGAGAAUGGGACAUGUCAGACUCCGGAUGGGGGCCCUCCUUGUCCUCCUGGCCAGCAGUCCAGGGAAGAGAGCUGGAGGCGCAGGGUCGGAGCUCCUCGAGCUGGAGAGCUGGGCUCUGCCCCCAGGGACGGCCACAGGGUGGGCAUGGUGCUGCAGGCCGGCAGGCCCCCCUGUCGCUAUCCCUCGGCAUGGCCUCCCUUCGCCAGCUCACUUAGCAUAGGCCCUGUGCACACCAGCCCCGCCUGCUGAUACACUGAAUGGCAGCCACAGGCCCAGACCGUGCCGGCCAGCCUCCCCCGCCCCCAGGGAAUGCCUAUUGAGACACUUUCUCCACGUCACUCCCGUGGUGCCUUGCCCAUGUAAAUUUGAAUGUUGACUAUUUAAUGAGAUUUCAUAUUUAAUGAAGAAUGUCCCCUGGUCCUGCUAUUUGCUCUCUAGGUCUCCUUUAGUUUUCUCCCUGUUUUGACUUGGGUUCAGUCUUCUUUUCAAGUCUCUGGCGUUAGACGCCCGGACACCCUCCGCUACCGCCAUCCCACUGUCUCAGAGCACUGGUGAGCCAGGCGCCUCCUCACGGCAGAUGUGUCUAGACAGCCCUCACGUUCAGAUUUGUUCAGGGCAAGGAUGACUACAAGAAGGGUCUCAGGUUCCCAGAGACGGGGGUAGAUUAAUUGUUCUCUGAGUGAUGGCCAAGGAAUGCGAGGUAGGGAGGGAAGAGGGUGUAACAAGUUAAGGCAGAACAGAUUAUCUAGGCAAGAAGUAUUACAUCAGAAGGGCCUCAGAAUAUUUUUCCAAAAUAAUGAAAUUAAGUCCAUCUGAUAUUAUCACAAAUAUUUUAAGUUUCCAUUUACAUUUUUGUAAGGCCUAUGAGUCGUUCAUCAACUGGAAAGAAGUCCUACCCUCAGACAUAGAUACACGUACAUAUUUUUCUCUCUUUAUCUAUCUAGCUGUCUAUCUAUCUAUGUAUAUAUGAGUUUUGAUUGUGACUAGUAUAGCACUUUAAGUUUUCUCAAAUAACAUCAAGUUAUUGUCUUCAAUAUUGACUGAAAAAAAAUUUCUUUUCUAUUAUACAGACUUCAAUAGAACUAUAUGCAACUAUAUAGAUUCUUCCAUUUAAUUUUGAGAGUUUGGACAGUUAAGCCGCUAUUGGGACUUUUCCUUAAGCCACAUGAGAAGAACAGUCUCUAACACAUGUGAGUGCUAAGGAAACAGGGCAGUGGCGGGCGCAGACUGAAUGUAUAGCAGAGUGCCUUGUCAGAGGGGGUGCCUCGUGUCUGAGGGAGAGAACCAGAUGUUUCACACAGAGGCCUGGGAGAAGUCUCCCGUGCUAGCCUAAGGACAGCCCCGUGGCUGUGUUAACACAAAUGUGAUGCGUGGAAGUGAAUUCAUGAAGAAUAAACAGGAUGGGAACAAGAGCAGUUGUAACCUGUGGAAUCGACAGCAAAAGAAUCGUGAAGUGGCCCACUAACCCCUGGACCAGAUCAGAAAUAGAGGCCAGCAGCAUGGCCGUGGGGUUCGAGUUCUGCCCUCGGAAGAUGAACUGGGGUGAGGUACAGAGAGGGGCACAAGCACCCACACGACCUCACCUCUGAUACUGAGGGGCUUGAGAGAAAACACGUGCUGGGGAUUGAAGAGUUUCUGUAACCUUACAUGGGCAGACUAAGUGGGGGCCAGUUUUGCUUCGGAAUUCAGAAUAAGUUCGUGAACGUGGAAAAUUCUAAGCCUUGAGCUAAACCUCUGGAAGUACCCAUGCUCUUUCCGGGGGUAAAGCUACCUACAACUGUAUUUCAAAGUUUGUAGCCUUGUAAAAUUGUUCACGCACGAUCUUCGCAGCCCGCUCCCUUGGGGCAGAGAAGGUUUGCCCUCAUCUUCCCGAAUCUGAAUUAAGAAUACUUUGGUGCUGAGAAGUAACCUAACUUGGUUUUGCUGGUAACCUCCAACUAGAAUUUUCCCCGACAUUUCACCAUCGGGGAUCUGAAAAAAUACAAGCCGAGCACAGUCACCGGGCUCGAUGGGGGGCACUGCACUGGAUCCCAAAUGGUUCUCAAUGUGCAAAGCGUGAACAUACUUGGAGAGAGGGAAAGAACUUGACUGGCUGGGCCAGCUCGAAGAGUGUUUUAUUCCCCUCACUAGUUGGUAAGGAUUGAAAAUUCUGGUCCAGCUUAAUGAGGGAGCGGGGGCGCUGCCCAUGAAGCCAGGUUAUUAGUUUUACCUCAUUGGAGCCGAGAUUCUCCAAGGCCCAAGGCCGUGCCCAGACAAAGCCAGGUACGCUCUUGCGGACGCGCGCUGACGUCCAGGUGUCUGUGCUCACGGCAGCACUGGAUGGGGGAUGCCACGGACCAAAAAUGAUGCCAUGGGGGAGGCAGAGGAGCUGCCGUGCAAGGUCCUAGACAGAGAUUAUACCAAAGAAAUCAAGCCUUUUGAUCCUGACGCUUCGACAGUGAAGAGGUCGAGUUAGGACAGAUGCAUGGGAGGAGAAUUCUCAUACAUUCCACGUCAAGCCGAUCAGAUAAUCCAUCCUCCAAAAAGCACCUUUUUUUUUUUUUUUUUUUUUUUUUUUCAAAGCAGUCCAUUUUGUGCAUUAGAGGGGAAAGAGACGAGGAAGGCCUGGGCAGAUGGUGAAGAUCCUCGGCCCGCCAGGAGAAGGCACCGUGCCCUCUCCCUUGACUGUGGCUGUUGCUGAGACCUCGGCCUGGGGACGUCGUGUCCAUGGGAUCCUGAGAGCUGCGGUUUUGUUCUCUUAAGAGCCAUGGUAGUUUGAAUGAGUUUGUUUAAGAACUCUUGGGAAAUAUCUUACCCAGUUGUAAUACUUUUUAUAAACCUUCCUGCCAAGGUGUUGACCACUCCUCCUCAGCAUCGCAAGUGCCCAGAAUGUACAAGGUGCUAUCCCGCCGUUCAACACCCCCUCUCUGCCGCUGUCUGAAGUCAGAGUAGGUUUGCGCAGGAGCCACUGCCUUCCCCGCCCAGCUGGGUGCGGGGCCUGCAUUCCAGACCUGCAUUACCGUCUCCCCCCCUCGACCCAUCCCACUCACCCCCCAUGUUUUUUUUUAAAUCAAGAACGUUUCAGGGAAUCAAAAGAGGUCGGGAAUUUUUUUAAACUAGCAGAAGUACAGAGUCCUAUAUUUUGCUACGAAUAUUACUGUAUUAAGAAGACCCGCUUGCCCGGGAGCCGUGGAAGUGGGGCGCGCGUGCACUCGGUGACUUGAAUGUCGAAUCAGCCUCCGGCUUCAGGGUAGCAUUUUUGAAAGUCAAGCCGCGCUCCUUCAGGAAACUCGCCCCAGAUACCCCUCGGUGGCCCCUUCCCUUGCCAGUUUUAGGGUGUCACGUGUGAACCACACCGGGUUGGGGUGUCUGCCGACGAUGUGGCAGGGCAUUUGGCGCGAGGUCAGGGCCGCGAGGACGCCCUCCCCGCGCUGAACCGCGGCUGCCCGGGUCCCCGCCCGGCCCCGGGGUCCGGCCCGCCCUCUGUGUGUGGGGUUCGCGCGCUCAGGCGCCCUCCUGGAGCGUCCUCUGCACUCGCGGUCCGGAGCUGUGCAGACCCACCCAUGAGAGGUCCCCGCUGUCACCAGAUGGCACCGCCCUUUGGUUUGCUGUGGUACUUUGCUGUGUUCUCUGUGGCAUCAUGUUACUGUGUAAAUAAAUUCAUUUU